UUCAAUAUCAUCCCUGCUGUGGUGGAUGGAGUGUUUCUUCCCAGGCAUCCCCAAGAAUUGUUGGCUUCUGUGGAUUUUCACCCUGUCCCCAGCAUCAUAAGUGUCAACAAUGAUGAGUAUGGUUUGCUUGUCCCCAAGGUCAUGGGUACUACUCAGACAAUAAGGGAAAUAACGAGAGAGAACCUGCAGGCUGUUCUGAAGAAUACAGCAGCACAAAUGAUGCUGCCUUCUGAGUGCAGUGACCUGCUAAUGGAAGAGUACAUGGGGGACGUUGAGGACCCCCAGGCCCUCCAAGCACAGUUCAGAGAGUUGAUGGAGGACUUCAUGUUUGUAUGGAGAAGGACAACUCAUAUUCAUCACAGGAAAAAUCCAUCAUGGUGAAGUCUCAAUUCUGAACAUUAAUGCCCCCCAAACAAGAACAACCACAUUUUUUAUUUUAUUUAAGAAUUUUUUAAUUCAUUUUACAUACCAACCACAGAAGCCCCUCUCAUUCCUCCUCCCACUCUCCCCCACCUUUGGCCUCUCUGCUAUCUGGAGAGGCAGUCCAGUGUGUUUUCAUCAGUGUCCCAUUAGGUGAAGGUACCCAAUCUUAGAGUUUUCUGUCUUAAAACUGAGUUUAAAGAAAGUCUUUCUUUUUUAAAAAGUAUUUUAUUGUUUAGUUUUUUACAUUUAUUCGUGUGUGCGUGUGUG